ACAUAUGUAUAUUCGAUAUAGAUUUAAUAGUUUAGCAAAAAAUAGUUGCUUUCUUGCCGCUGUGAAGUGAAGUCAAAUUGAUAAUGAGUAGAAAAAGUAUUCGUGAAGUACAACAAUCCUUUGCAGAAUCUCUUGGAUUUGGUAAUGAGACCAUCUGGGACCUUUUGUCAAAUGAGCAAUCCAAAAUAUUGAAAAAAAAGAUCCGCAUCCUUAUUCCUGAUCCUGAAAAAAAUGACAAACAAUGUGCAGUAUUUGCCAGAAUACGACAAACUUUAUUCGAUGCAGUUUGGGAACAACGGAAAUACACAAAUCGCCAGUCGUUAACAUCGAUCUUUUAUGUGCUGGUUGCCACCGAUGAGACGGAUGAAGAUGAUGCUAUAAAUUCCACAAAAUGGUCUUGUCAUCCGGUUUUUCGUGCACGUCGCUGCGUUUCUGAUAUCAAUGGACGCAGCGUCGAUUGCUGCCUGAUUUAUGUGGACGAAAAUGGGCGUGUCUAUCAGAAUUGGGAGUCCUAUGUGACCAGCAAUCAGCUGCCCGAAGGCAUUAUGGUGACACCUCCUCGAGGCGUCUACAAUCUUACAUUGCGAGGCGAAGUCAUCUUGCAAUCCAUGCCAACGCCGGCAUCUUCAACGGAAAGCAAGGUACUUGGUGCACUCGACAUUACCUUGGCAGUGGGUGGCUUGGGAGCAGCAGCUGUGCCCAUAGCUGGACUAGCGCUCACAGUCGCUGCACCCGUUAUGUUGGUAGCUGGCGCUGUUGGUUUAGCAGCUGCUGGCUAUUCGACAGCACGAGCUGGCGCUCAGCUUGUGGAUCGCAGUCAGCACGAGCAGUCAAUCAAUGUGACAGAUCGCACGGCACGUGGUCAAUGGCUGAGUGUGGUGGCAGGUGCUGUUGGCCUUGGGGCUGCAGGUGCCACAAGUGCGGUGACAGUGGCCACAAAUGCUGGCCGAGAAGUGGGCGCCAUUGCUCAAUUGACGGUCAACAGCAUGAACAUUUCAUCCAUUAUGAUAUCAGCCACGGGCUUGACGAGUGGCGUCAUAGAUUUAAUACUUAAACAUCAGGAUGGCGACGAUAUAUCCACCAUGGAUGCUCUACAGUUGUCUGCCUCGCUCUUCCUCUUCACGCACAGCGUCUACAAUUUUAAACUGGCUUCGACUAUCAUCAAUGAUACGGCCAACAAUCGAAUUGGCUCGUAUCGUGAAUCGCUAAGCAAUCAACAGAGACGUACGAUUGACAAGGUGGUCAAGGAGACGAUCCGAACAAAAGGCGUUUCUACGGCCAACAUGGACAUUAUACGGAAUGUGAACGAGAUGCCAUCGCGACAGCAGUUCAACAGAGAUUUCAAUCGCAAUGGCAUACGCCCCUCAUUCGCAGCAAAUGGCCAAGGUGUUGAGCUAAAUAAUCAAGUGUUCACAAAUAUGGCGGAGUUGUGUAUACAGGAUAAUAUUGAACCCGAUAUCCUUCGUCAAGUGACAAAUCCCAUGCCCGAGUCAUUUGAGGUCUCCGCAGCCAGUGGGAAUAACAUCUGUCUUGUUGGCAAUAACGGUGGUCGAGUUUUCACUGGAUCCUCGGGAAUGACAGAGUCAACCGCAAAUUAUGCGCCGGAGAACACAAGAAAUUAUGCUGACGGCGUACGCAUUUUGAGACUCAGCAGUCUGGUGAUUAAUAAUGUUGCAAUUGAACUCUCUCAGUUCGGAGAUGGUAUUUUCACACGGAUUAUCAGUGCCGAGAGUUUUGAGAACGCUUUGCUAAUGUUGGCCGACAAUCUGAAUGAUAAUGUGAUGCAAUUUGUGCUCAAUUUGACGGAGACAUUUAUGCAUAUUUUUUGGGAUGAACUCAACGAUUUGCUAAAGUUUUACAUACCGGCAGAGUCGGUGCUAUAUAGGAUUGGUACUCAUAUAUUGGAUAACUAUCGUUAUUUAACGAUAGACCAUUUACAGCUUUUUACUAGAGAAAUCCUUGUGGCCGUUAGUUAUUAUUUCACUUCACUAAAUCCAAACAAUUUCCCAGGAUUGCUAACCAAGUGCAAGGUGUGCAAUCAUUUCUAUAACAUUUGCGACGUGUAAGCGAAAAAAACGAUGGAAACAAGCGCAAGAAUUAAUUAAACACAAUGUAAAGUUUCAAUAAAUAUUAAACGAUUAUUCUUUUGAUACCCGCUAGGGUAGUAGGGUAUCAUAACUUUGUGCCGUCAGAAUAUGUAUGUAACAUAUACCAAAUAUUUUUACACCAUUCGGUAUAUUUGUGAUAUUUUGUGGUAGAUUAAUUUGGUAUAUUUUGAGAAGAAUACCACAAAGUUUUGAUUUUAUACAAAAUAGAUAGCGGGGUUUUUACUUGUUAUAAAAUACAUAAAUACGCCAC